UCUGCCUCACACACACACACAGCGCACUCACGAAUAGGAGCUCGCCGGGGUAUGGCUGACGGCCCGCAGCCUGUGCUUUGUUUUCGUCUCGGUCUUGCUCAGUCGCAGCCGCUGCUGCUGUAAGCUUGAUGGGUGGCGCUGGAGCGGAGGAAGACGAGGGCCCGGUGCACUAUCCCGGGAGGAGAGCCGGCUUGUUUCCAGGGAGAGGAGGCUAACUUUUCUCUGGGGCCUUUGCCUCGAAAUGAACAGAUAUUGAAUCCACAUAUUCAUCCUUCUCUUGGAAUCCAGUGCCGUCAAGAUGAGUGUCCAACGGAAAGGUUUCCCUUUGGAUCUAGGGGGAAGCUUUACUGAAGAUGCACCGAGACCGCCGGUCCCUGGAGAGGAAGGAGAGCUGGUCACGGCAGAGACUAGGCCGUUCAGCCACAGCUGUUACUCCGCCAAAAGCGAUGGGAUCAGAAACGAGACUUCGACGGCGACGCCGAGGCGGCCGGAUCUCGACCUGGGUUAUGAACCCGAGGGCAGCGCUUCUCCCACGCCGCCUUAUUUAAAAUGGGCUGAAUCGUUGCACUCUCUGCUCGAUGAUCAGGAUGGGAUUAACCUUUUCCGAACUUUUUUGCAGCAGGAGAACUGUGGAGAUUUGCUCGACUUCUGGUUCGCUUGCAGCGGCUUUCGGAAGCUGGAGCCUAGUGACUCCAAGGUGGAAAAAAGGCUCAAACUGGCCAAAGCGAUCUAUAAAAAAUACAUUCUGGACAAUAAUGCCAUCGUCUCCCGGCAAAUCAAACCAGCAACUAAAAGUUUUAUUAAGGAUUGUGUUUUGAGGCAGCAAAUCGAGCCGGACAUGUUUGACCAGGCCCAAAUGGAGAUUCAGUCGAUGAUGGAAGACAAUACUUACCCAGUGUUCCUUAAAUCCGAUAUCUAUCUAGAAUACACUACGAUAGGUGGGGAAAGCCCUAAGGUUUACAGUGACCAUAGCUCGGGGUCUGGGACGGGGAAGGCUCCACCAGGAUAUUUACCUACUCUUAAUGAAGAUGAGGAAUGGAAGUGCGACCAAGCGGUGGAUGACGACUGUGAAAGAGAAUCCAUCGCCUCAAACAGAAUCAACCAGCAACUUAUCUUGGAAGCUGCAUCACAUUGUACCGCACCAGCGAGGCGGCGGAGCGAUGGGAGAGAGUUCAGGCCGGGGACAUGGAGGGAGCCGGUUAACCCUUACUAUGUCAACACUGGGUAUGCGGUGGCACCCGCCACCAGUGCCAACGACAGCGAACAGCAGAGCAUGUCAAGCGAUGCGGAUACCAUGUCUCUGACAGACAGCAGCGUCGAUGGGAUCCCGCCAUACAGACUACGGAAGCAACAUCGCCGGGAAAUGCAAGAAAGUGCCAAAGCCAAUGGACGUGUGCCACUACCUCACAUUCCACGUACAUAUAACAUACCAAAGGAUAUUCAUGUCGAUCCUGAAAAAUUUGCUGCUGAGCUCAUCAGUCGCCUGGAGGGAGUCCUGAGAGACCGCGAGGCAGAACAGAAGUUAGAGGAGCGACUGAAACGCGUGAGAGCUGAAGAAGAAGGGGAUGAUGCGGACGUCUCCUCAGCACCUUCAAUGGUCAGCCACAAGUUGCCUUCAAGCCAGCCUGUGCAUAAUUUUGGCUCUCGAUAUUCUGAAAUGGGCUGCGUAGGGAUGCAGGUCAGAGACGCCCACGAGGAAAAUCCAGAAUCCAUUCUCGACGAACACGUGCAACGUGUCAUGAAAACACCAGGAUGCCAAUCACCGGGCCCUGGUCGCCAUUCCCCCAAGCCACGCUCACCAGACGGUCACUUGAGCAAAGGCCUUCCUGUAUCUGUGGGAACAUUGCAAUCUGUGCACGGCAAGCACUCGGCCAAGUCCGGCUCGAAAUUAGAAGCGCCUAACAUGUAUCACCACAAGCACGUCUAUCACCACGUUCACCACCACAGCGGGGUGAAGCCUAAGGAACAGAUAGAGGCCGAGGCCACGCAAAGAGUGCAAAGCAACUUUCCUUGGAAUGCAGACCCUCAUAACUAUGCAACCAAAUCCCGCAAUUAUGCAGAGAGCAUGGGAAUGGCCCCCAAUCCUAUGGAUUCUUUAGGCUACAGCAGUAAAGUCAGCAUGCUGGCCAAGAGGAAUGCAAAGAAAGUGGAUUCCGGGAAGCUUGAAAGUGCCACCUACGAGAUGCCUGUGGUUCCAGAGGACGCGGAGAGACACCAGAAGAUAAUGCAGUGGUUAAUGGAAGGCGAGAAAGAGAUCAACAGACACAAGAAAACCGUCCAUAGCUCAUCGGGUGCCAAGAAGCAGUCCGCUCAUGAUGUGCCUAGACCACUUUCCAUAGAACGGCCGGGGGCAGUCCAUCCUUGGGUCAGCGCUCAGCUACGCAAUGUGGUGCAGCCCUCUCACCCCUUUGUCCAGGACCCCACCAUGCCGCCCAAUCCUGCACCUAACCCGCUAACGCAGCUGGAAGAGGCGCGCCGGCGGCUGGAAGAGGAGGAGAGAAAAGCUGGGAAAAUGCAAGCGAAGCAAAGGUAUGUUCAAGAGGUUAUCCAACGGGGGCGCUCCUCUGUCAGGCCACCCUAUAUCCCACUGCUGAAUGUGGUGCCAGCGGUCUCCGACAUGGACCUCUCAGAGUCACAGCUGAAGCCACAGAAGAAAGACGGAAGAAGCACCGGGCCUGGUGAGAACAUCGUCGUGGCUUAUUAUUUCUGUGGCGAACCCAUUCCCUACAGGACCAUGGUGAAAGGUCGAGUAGUGACCCUGGGACAAUUCAAGGAGCUGCUUACGAAGAAAGGAAAUUACAGGUAUUACUUCAAGAAAGUAAGUGACGAGUUCGAUUGUGGCGUGGUCUUUGAGGAAGUGCGGGACGAUGACUCCAUUUUGCCCAUUUAUGAAGAAAAAAUCAUUGGAAAAGUGGAAAAAAUUGACUAAGAAGGAAAAGGAAAAAAAAGAGUGGUCGGAACGAAGCCUUGAUCUAAUACAUGCUGGAAAGGGUGACUUCUCUGCGGUCCCCUCGCUGUCAAUACUUGGUGGUACCAGUUCCUACAAAAAAAAAAGCAUACUCUACAGGAGUCUCCUGACUACAAGACGAGGUGCUAUCCGAGACGUAAGGCAAGCCCGUGUGGCCUCCUCUCCGGAGAGAGUGAGAGUAGUUGUAUUGUAGCCGUGUACAGUCGAAAUAGAACCUUGUUUCUGAAAGCUGCAUAUUUUUGAUACUUUAAUAAACGGGAAGAUAACU